GGCAAAAUGCCUUGUCUUACAAUUUUUAUGGAAGUUUUAUCUUGUAUUUUGAAUAAGGGGGCAGCAUCUGGGGAUUUCCCUUAUCAUCCAAGAUGUAAGACAUUGGGAAUUACACAUCUUGUGUUUGCGGACGAUUUAUUGUUGUUUUCCAAUGGUUCUGAAAAAGCAGUGGACAAUGUAAAAGGGCUGUUGAACGAAUUUUAUAGGUUAUCAGGGCUGAGGUUUAACCCAGAAAAGAGCCAAUUAUUUUCAGCAGGGAUAGAUGAGGCAGAGCAUGCUAGACUGGCAGAGUUGGCUGGGUUUCAGCAAGCUUCAUUCCCAGUCCGUUAUCUGGGGGUUCCUCUCAUCGCAGGGAAGCUCACUACAAGUGACUGUAGAGUGCUCAUUGAGAAGAUCACUAAACGAAUAUCAGGAUGAAAGCCUAAGAUGCUUAGCUAUGCAGGUAAACUUCAGCUUAUUACCUCGGUGUUGAGUAGUCUUUCCUACUUUUGGAUGAAUGUUUUUCUACUGCCACUGUCUAUUAUAAAGGAGAUAGAGCGGAUUAGUAGUAAGUUCUUCUGGGGUAUAGAUGAUGAAUCCAUGAGGAAAAAAGCGGUAAUGGCCUGGGAUUUGUUAGCAAUCCCAAAGAAGGAAGGGGGACUAGGCAUUCGAUGCUUAAAAUCAUGGAAUAUAUCAUGUACUACAAGGCAUAUUUGGGCUCUGCUUGCUAAAGAAGGGUCCUGGUGGGUUGCGUGGAUUUACCAGUUUCGUAUCAAACAGCUUAGCUUCUCGGAAUUAAGAACAUGUAGCACAGCCUCUUGGGUGUGGAAGAGAUUACUCAAGGUAAGGGAUAAGGUGGAAGGUUUCUUCCGCUGUUGGGGAACACGUGUAUUGGAAAGAUAAAAGGGUGUUGAAAUACUCUGUAAAACAGGUUUGGCAAGAUCUACAGCCGGUUAGACCUCAAGUUCCUUGGUAUCAGCUCGUAUGGGGUAGACAUUCUGUUCCAAGACAUAGUUUCUUGAGUUGGGUUGUGACACGCAACAAGAUAAUUACUUUAGCGCAACUGAAGGGGUGGGGAAAAGUAUUGGAUGAUACUUGCCUGCUUUGUUCUGCUCAAACAGAGGAUCGUGAUCACUUAUUCUUCCAAUGUAAUUACACGUUUAAGGUGCUGGAGGGUUGCUUGCAGAUGCUUGAUCAGAGGUGUCCUCAGCUGGCCACUUUUGAUGACUACUUGGCGUGGGCUGUGAGACACUUCAAGGGAAAAAAGGCGUUAGCUAUGGUGGGUCGUAUGGUCUGGAACUUAGUAGUUAGUAUGGUCUGGAGGGAAAGGUGUGGAAGGCUGUAUGGGGGAAAAUCCAUGACAUAUGGGGAGGUCAUUAGAACAGUAAGAAGGCUGAUUGAGUUGGCCAGACAAGGAAAUACAGCAUUAGAUUUGGAUUGUAGAGCAGUGUUUCUUCAGUAAUCACAAUUGCAAUUAGAAGUGUAGUAGCAGUAGAGAGUAGUAGAGUAUUUGUUAGUUUCACUGUAGUAGUGAUUGGUAGUGCAGCUAUUGUUCAGCUGUAGAGUGUAUGAUCAAGAUGUGUAUAAAUCACAUAGAGCUUAAUAAUUUUUUUUUGAUAUUGCCCAUAAAAAAAAAAGCCUUGUAUAGGGGUUUCGCGCCUAAUUAGAUACUGAAACACGUCAAUGGAGUAAGGUGAUAUAUAAGUCUCUCCUAAACAUUACUAGAUGGAACUAGAAAGUCAAUAUUAAAGGAAAAAAUUAACAUCAACUACAAAAUCAAUUUUCUGUAUCAACAUUUUCAAUAGCUCAAGAACUUUUUGAGCUAUUGAGCUAUGAUUCUAUGAAUUCGUAAGCUAUGUUCUUGUCAUUAAGUGUUGAGUAAGUUAUUAAUCAUUUUAACUGAAGUGGGAAAGUGUUUUAGAUUAUUAUUCCAUUCAUCAUGCAGUGCGAAUAGCUAUUUUUCUUCCAACGCCUAGGCAAGGUUAGUCUACGCCUAGACAAGCAAGGUGCUAGACAAAGUCUCAACGCCCGCCUUAUGCCUAACGCCUUUUUGAACCUUGCUACAAAUUAAUGAAUGAAUCGAAAGGACACACUGCUGAUCACUUGUCUAAGUUUUCGUUUGGAUUGCAUGUGUGAUUUUUGUUGCGAUAUUGCCACUUCGAAUUGGUUAAAAAUACUCAUUCGUUCUUCUCUUUCUAAUGAAAUAAAAACCGACCUUCUUCUUUCUUGAUCUUGUGAGAAGAUAGAUUAGGGGUUGAUGUGUUCGCCGGAUACUUCUCCGGCAAUGUAGACGGGCAAAGGAGACCGCGAAGAUAUUGACGAUGGCUACGAUUAUCAACCCAAAAGGGUCGACAAUUGAGAAAGGAAUAAACAGAAAAUCACGUUAGAUUCACUGGAAGCCAUGGAACGGAAGAGCCAAAUGAUGGUGAACACGAAGAUGAAGGUGGAGAUGAGUUCGACGAGAUAUGACCGGAGAAAUCUUCACUAAAGUUGGAGGAAUAAAAUAUUGAUAUUUUC